AUGUUGUUCAUCGCCACCAUUUGCGUGUACAUCGCUACGGUCAACAUACACAUCGUGCCAUUCAUCUCGACUGACGCCGGACACUGGUGCAAGAGGCCGCCGCAUUGCAAAGUAUCCCAGGCCGACUGGAGGAAUACGGCUAUUCCUUUGGACGCGUCUGGGAGACCAAGCCGAUGCAGCAUGUACGAAACUCCCGAGCGGCCCGACAACGAAAUGACUGUGCUUUGCACGGAUUGGGAGUUCGAAGAGCGCUGGCCCAGAGAGAGCGCCGUGUCCAUGUGGAACAUGGUCUGCUCGAGGCACUCGCCCAUCGCCGUCAUGAUCGUGGUUCAGAACUUCGGAUCCGCUUCGUGCGUGUCUGCAGCAGGAUACUUUGCGGACCGCAUCGGUAGGAAGUCCGUAGUGUUGCCGUUGCUGCUGGUCUUGCUGCUGUCUACGGUCAUUCUGUGCGUUUCCACUGCUUACCCCGUGCUUGUAGCGGCGCUAUUCUUCGCAGCGGGCUCCAAUGCCGUCGAUAUGACCGUCGCCUGUUUGAUCCUCUUUGAGGUAUCCAGUCACGCACACCGGCCUCUGCUGAACAUCCUCACCGGAACGUUCGGCGAGUUCUAUUCCGAUCUGGCGAUGGCUGUUCUGGAGCGAGCCGGGCUAGACUGGCAGUUCAAAUUAGCGCUCUUCCUCCUGCCAGCGCUGUUGGUGCUGCCAGCGUUCUGCUUCGUAGAUGAGUCACCGCGCUGGCUUGUGGCAAAGUCCAAGCUCCCCGAAGCGAAAACCGUCAUGCUCGCAGCGGCCGAGGUCAACCAUUUUCCUCUCUCGAACACGGUGCGCCUGCUGGAGAGACUGAAGGCGGACAUCGACGCCCCCUUCGGGGAACUCACGUCGAACGACGCAGCAAUGCUGGCUGCGCCGGUGAUCGUCAGCGAGGUUCUCUUGGUGGUGACGAAGUUUUUAUACGUAGUCGCCGCCAUCAUGGUUCCUUGCUACUCCCUGGAACUCUUCCCGACCGCCGUGCGCGGCUUGACCGCAUGCAGCGGCUUCGGCUGCGGUGUAUUCGGUGCCACCAGCGCGGCCGCGGUGGCCCGUCUGCUCAACCGCCAGGGACGUUAUGAGGUCGAGUUCCCUCUACAAGCGUUGUUGCUCUCCGGCUCGUUGCUGGCCCUGUGUAACAUUCUGCAUACCACGACGGUCGAGUGCGCCAAGAAGACCGUAAGCCCUAACACCGAAACGACCAAGCAAGACGUGUAG